AUUGGCAUAUUGAAAAAAACAUGGAACAAAUUGCAACAAGAUAUAGUGAGGUUAAAGGUCACAUUUUUCCACCUUUAUUUGACAUGAUUUCAAUAGAUCAUAUUGUUUUUGAUGAAUUACAUGUUCUUCUACGAAUUACAGAUAGACUUUGGGAAUUAAUGCUUGCAGAAAUCCAAGAAU